AUGGCCACCUCCCCCAGACUUGGCCACCUCCCCAGACCUGGCCACUCCCCCAGACUUGGCCACCUCCCCCAGACAUGGCCACCUCCCCCAGACCUGGCCACCUCCCCCAGACCUGGCCACCUCCCCAGACCUGGCCACCUCCCCCAGACCUGGCCACCUCCCCCAGACCUGGCCACCCUCCCAGACCUGGCCACUCCCCCCAGACCUGGCCACCUCCCCCAGACAUGGCCACCUCCCCCAGACCUGGCCACUCCCCCCAGACUUGGCCACCUCACCCCAGACCUGGCCAACCCCCCAGACAUGGCCACCUCCCCCAGACCUGGCCACCUCCCCCAGACCUGGCCACCUCCCCCAGACAUGGCCACCUCCUCCCAGACCUGGCCACCUCCCCCAGACAUGGCCACCUCCCCCAGACUUGGCCACUCCCCCAGACAUGGCCACCUCCCCCCAGACAUGGCCACCUCCCCCAGACUUGGCCACCUCCCCCAGACUUGGCCACCUCCCCCAGACAUGGCCACCUCCCCCAGACCUGGCCACCUCCCCAGACAUGGCCACCUCCCCCAGACUUGGCCACCUCCCCAGACAUGGCCACCUCCCCCAGACUUGGCCACCUCCCCCAGACUUGGCCACCUCCCCAGACCACCUCCCCACCUCCCCUCCAGACUUGGCCACCUCCCCCAGACUUGGCCACCUCCCCCAGACUUGGCCACCUCCCCCAGACUUGGCCCACCUCCCCCAGACCUGACCUCCCCCACUCCCCCCAGACUUGGCCCUCCCCCAGACCUGCCACUCCCCAGACCUGGCCACUCCCCCUCCCCCAGACCUGGCCACUCCCCCAGACCUGGCCACUCCCCCAGACCUGGCCACUCCCCCAGACCUGGCCACUCCCCCAGACCUGGCCACUCCCCCAGACCUGGCCACUCCCCCAGACUUGGCCCUCCCCCAGACUUGGCCACUCCCCCAGACAUGGCCCACUCCCCCAGACCUGGCCACUCCCCCCAGACCUGGCCCUCCCCCAGACUUGGCCACUCCCCCAGACAUGGCCACUCCCCCAGACUUGGCCACCCCCCAGACAUGGCCACUCCCCCAGACAUGGCCACUCCCCCAGACCUGGCCAACCCCCAGACCUGGCCACCUCCCCCAGACCUGGCCACCUCCCCCAGACUUGGCCACCUCCCCCAGACUUGGCCACCUCCCCCAGACUUGGCCACUCCCCCAGACUUGGCCACCUCCUCCCAGACAUGGGUUCCACCUCCCCCAGACAUGCCACCUCCCCAGACAUGGCCACCUCCCUCCCAGACAGUGGGUUCACCUCCCCCUACAUGGCCACCUCCCCCAGACUUGGCCACCUCCUCCCAGACAUGGCCACCUCCCCCAGACAUGGCCACCUCCCCCAGACUUGGCCACCUCCCCCAGACUUGGCCACUCCCCCAGACUUGGCCACUCCCCCCAGACAUGGCCACCUCCCCCAGACAUGGCCUCCUCCUCAGACAUGGGUUCCCCCAGACAUGGCCUCCCCCAGACUGGGCCACCUCCCCCAGACUUGGCCCCUCCCCCAGACAGUGGGUUCACCUCCUCCCAGACUUGGCCACCUCCCCCAGACCUCCUCCUCCAGACAUGGCCACCUCCCCCUACAGCAGUGGCCACCUCCCCUACAGACUUGGCCACCUCCCCCAGACAUGGCCCCUCCCAGACUUGGGUUCACCUCCCCCAGACCUGGCCACUCCCCCCCAGACUUGGGUUCACCUCCCCCAGACAUGGCCACCUCCCCCAGACCUGGCCACCUCCCCCAGACCUGGCCACCCCCCAGACCUGGCCACCUCCCCCAGACCUGGCCACCUCCCCCAGACCUGGCCACCUCCCCCAGACCUGGCCACUCCCCCAGACCUGGCCACCUCCCCCAGACAUGGCCACCUCCCCCAGACUUGGCCACUCCCCCAGACUUGGCCACCUCACCCCAGACCUGGCCACCUCCAGACAGUGGGUUCCCCCUAG